AUGACGAAAGAUCGAAUAAAAGAUUUGCAAAAACCCAUUCAAUGGCCUCAUGUUUCAUACAGAAGAGUUUCACGACAACGUCGCGGUUCUGAUCCACCAACUGUUCUUAAUCAAUGCGUUUUCCCGCUUGCUACUAUUAACACAGAAUACGAUCAGCAUGUAGCUGAAUUUUUAACUCAGAUCGAUUUAAUUCGAAAGUUGAUUGAUAAAAUCGCAGAGCUUGCCACAGAAGUAAAAUUCACUCAUAAAAAAAUGAUUGAGCCUAUGGCUGAUCCUAAACUCUCACACCAGCUCGACGAUAAAACUGACGAUAUUAAAAAAGCAGCUGACGUGGUUGCAGCACAUCUAAAGAAACUGGAACAAACACAAAAAGAUGCCAAGGAUGAUAUUGGAUCGGCUCAAUGGCGGUUAAAAGAAUCACAAAUCUAUAAUAUUACUAAACAUUUUCGGCAGAUUAUGAAUCAAUAUAAUGAAGAAUGUGUGGCACAUAGAGAUCGAUGUAAAAAAGCUAUUAAACGUGAAUUUGAAAUAAGUGGUAUUCGAAGAACUGACGAUGAAAUAGAAGAUAUGAUUGAAAAUGGUUUUCCAGGAACAUUUAGUUUUUCUAUCAUGGUGGAUGUAGAAAAAGCUAGACAAGCUGUACAUUUCAUUGAACAACGACAUCAGGAUAUAACAAAGUUGGAAAAUUCUAUUAAACAAUUACAUAGUAUAUUUGCUGAUUUAGCUAUGCUUGUUGCAACUCAGGGCGAAAUGAUUGAUAAUAUUGAAUAUAAUGUGAUACAAGCAACCGAUUUUGUUGGCAAGGCAACCGAUGACAUUGUAAAAGCAGCUAUCAUCGCUGCCAAGGCUAAAAAAAAAAAAACUAUUGUAUGUGUAAUUCUAACUGUUGUUAUUGUUGUUCUUAUAAUCAUAUUCGUUACUUAUUUUUCAAUUCAAAAGAAAAUCUUCUGA